GGCACAGAGUAGAGACAUACAGAGACGUAACUAGUGUACCCACUUUUUUUGUGCGCGUGCUCGGCAAGUUACUAGAUGCAUGCAUCUGAUUGGAUGACGACCUGAUGACGACUCACUUUAAACUUGCCGAGCACGCGCAGUUGAUCAUUUUUUCGACCGGUCGCCUGAAAAAACGUGGGUACAUGAUAACGUAAUCUUCCGCAGUGUUUACAACGGUCAGUUACGUCUCUGUAUGUCUUAUCUACUCUGUGGCCUGGGUACGAGGCAGGGUUGUUACCAUUCAGCGCGAACAGCCACAUCUUUCGAAAUAUGUCAACAAAAAUAUAAACAAAUGGGGUUUUUUAGUGUAUGAAAAUGUUCAUAAAUGGACCCCAACGACGUAAAUUUAACAGGAACUAUGUUGGUAAAUCUUUCAGAAAUCGAAGAACUAGCAGAAGAGAUUAUGGCCGACAAAGAACAAGUAUAUAUAAAGCGUAAAAGCGACAAUUGAACUUUUUUACAUUUUUUACAUUUGUGAAUAUGUAUACUGAUGAAAAUAACUUGUAAAUUUCAUUAAUUUGUAGAUCAAAAAUCUUGAUCACAGGAGAAAUACAAAUAGAGAAGCUCUGAAUGCUUUGAAGAAAUGCAAAGGUGUACAUAAAUUUGUAUAUCUUUUCUUUGGAUCAAUGUUUGAUUUGCUCUUUAAGGUUUUAACCUCCAAAAGAGCUGCUAUAUGAAACACCAUUCCAAAAUUCCUCUGCCUUUGGUCUUGAGUUAUGAACUGGCAAGCUGAACAAAUUCAUUCAUUUAUAUAGGUGAAACCAGUUCAAACAAGUCUUGGAUGUGUUUAGGGGGCAUGUUUAUCAAAUACCCCACUGCAAACGUCUCUGAGAUACUUUCAAAAGGUAUACAUGAAACGAAUUCUGCAUUUUAUCAUAUCUCUAUAUUAUACAUAGUAAUAAUCACAGCAUUUUUAAAUAAAAAUUUCAUUAGAUCAAGAAGAAUUAGAUGCCGAAAUAAAGAAUGUAAGAGAUGGCUUGAAGAUAAAAGUGUCAAAGUUACACCAGCUGGAAGGUUGGUAGGUAGGGUUGGGAUAACUCACAUAUGACAUUUUACACUUUACCAUAACUGGAUAAUCACUGAAUACAUACAUCAUCAAAAAACACCAUAAAAGAAUAGAAAAACUUACCAUGAGAUACACACCAUCAAUACUUGCACUACUUCGUACAGUAAACUGUAAAAUACCCCUCACAUAUUAAGGUGAUAGUAUCAGUAUACUACUAAAGUGAUAGUAGUGGUUCUUUAGCAUUUUGAUUCUCAAGAAUAGCAUUCUCUCUUUAGUUCUGGUAGUUUAGACAUUUUGAGACAAAGUGAAAAUCAUUUUCUUUCUUUGACUUCUUUUAAUUUGUAGGUUCUAAAGCACCAAAAGGUUUUGAUCUCACAGCACUGGAUAAAGAAGAACUUUCCACAUUCACAGUCGUAAAACAGUGACUUUAAAACAUGGAUGCAAUAAUGGUUGUAGUUCGAGUUAAACAUGCCUGAAUUACAAAUAUUCAUGAUGGUGGGGUCAAAAAAAAAUAUGUGGGUUUCCCGACCCUAUCUAGCUUUUGGAGUUUUGGAUGCCGAAAUCCAGACCCUAAACUUUUUUAUUGGAUCAUGCUUGUAAGUGUUUCCACUUAGAGGAAAACGUUUGUGAAAAAUGGAAAUUUGAGGCAAUAUUAGGGAAAUUUAUCUUUGAAUGUGGAAGCACUGACUAAACAAAAUGGUGUUCGGUUGUUAGGAAAAUUAAAAAAAAAGUUAAAAAAAAAAGUUAAAACCGAUCUACCCAACCUAAGUUUUUACAAGAAGAAAUAGGAAACCCACAUAUUUUUUUUGGCCUGGUUGAAAAGUCUAACCACCUGAGAAAUAUAGUUAUAGCCAUAUAAGGGUCAAAAUUAACAUAUACAGUAUAAAAGUCCCUGAUGGAACAUUAAACUUCAUAAUCAUGCAGUAUCCAUUCUGUUUACUGUAAUGGAAACAUUUUUUACCUCAAGUUUGAUACUUCACACGUCUUCGAAAUAUUGUUCGGCGUUCCCUAUACUAGAAUCCCAUUUUCAAGUUUUUGUAUAUUAAUGGUUUUGUUUGUGGAAACACCACGUAAAUUUAUUACUGCAAUAAACAGUAUAUUUAUUACUACAAUUAAAACGUAUUAAUAUAUAUUACUACAAUUAUAUUAAUAUUACUAUAUAUAUUAUUAUUAUUACUAUAUUUAUUACUACAAUUUUUUACGUGGUGUUUCCACAAACAAAACCAUUAUAUUUUAUCGCCAUGCAAACAUACAAAGAACUUAUUUUUGUAUAUUGUUCAACAGGUUGUUAAAGAAAUUGCUAAACAUUAACAAGACCCAAGUAGUACAGUACAUCACCACAAUAUAUGGUUCAGAAUAAUGUUACUAAUUUAAUUGAAUUAAUAUUAGAAUAAAGACACAUCUAAAUGUCGCUGUGAACUACAAACGUUUUAAUGAAAAUCCCUUCAAAAGCAGUUGAAAGUUUUAUUUAAAGUUAGUCCGCAUGAAUCAUUAUGUUUUCUAUUUUUAUUAUACUGUAGAUUACAAUUAAGUUACAAACCUUUGUUCAAUAUCACUUCACUGUUUUCGUUCCAUACCGCAAUUAAUAACCCGAUUACUUAACUAAAAUAGCAAAAUUUUUAAUCACUGUACUUCUAUCAUGCUUCUACGCCGAUCACGGUAAAGUGGUGAUGCAAAAAAAAGUGAAUUCUUAGUCGUCAAUUUUCAAUGAUUUUAAACCUUCGUAAGAGAGGAAGGACAAAGAUGCAAUGCCUUGCACAUUGUUGAAGGAUCCAGUUUCGUCUCAAUGUAUUCCAUCUUUUUCUUCAGUUCGUCAAUGACCAUGUCAACCACAGAUUUGCACU